AUGUCUCAAUCACUGCGAACUCGACUGCUACGACAACAAAAAAAUGAACAAGAAAUUCGCGUAAUUACAAAUCCAUCUGAUGUCAAUGAUUCUGCAAACAUUCCACUUGUACAUCGUAGUUCAAAAGUUAAAACCUCAUCAGCGACUAGCCGCCAACGACGCGAUGUAGAUCCAGACUAUGAAGCUCCGCUUACUUCAUACACCUUGUCUCCUAAUUCUAAUUGGCUAAUUGUACGUCGUAACUUACAUCGUAUACGUUUUAUGGGUUUUAAUGAACGUGGUCGUGAUAAUAACGUGCCAGAUUUCUACUUAGGCUUACAAAUGAAACGUGAACUUAAACGUGCUCAAGAAGAAAUAAAAAAUAUCGACCAAGAAGAAAAUUUUCAUGCUGUUAAACAAUUCGUUCUGGCUAUUGAUAAUAGACGUAUUAAAACCUACGAUACAAGUUUUGUUAAACCGGAAGAUGCACUCGUCUAUGAUCGUCUUGGCGAUGAACCAUUAGCAUUACAAAAUUUACUUUACUAUUUCAGUAAACAAGACGUACCACAUGGAACACUUUUUUGGGAAUUCCUAAAUGAAGUUAAUCGUGUAUUGAAUAUGCAAAGAAAACGGACUGUUCUUGUGCAAAGACUGAGAAAAUUAGCUUUGACAUUGGCUGUUAUUUGCUAUUGUAUUAUUGGACUUAUGCUUCUCUUAUUAAUUAUUAGUUUAAUAAUAACAACAGCAAAGAUGAAUGAUCCAGAAGUUCAAUGGAUGCAGCCAAAUGUUAACAACGAUUUGGCAAAUUCGUUAUCUUUAUGA